AUGGCUACGUCUUUCGGAACCCUGGACUGGAUCUCGGGUGGUGUCAUUGCCGCCCUUGUUGUCCUGAACGUUGUCGUCGGUACCUACUCCGAGUGGGAGGCCGAGAAGAAGGUCGCCUCGCUCGAGUCCGUCGGUGCCCCCUCCGCCACCGUUGUUCGCCACAACCCCCAGCAGACCACUACGACUCAGAUCGCCGUCGAGGAUGUCGUCCCCGGAGACAUUAUCCUGCUCAAGAACGGUGACAUUGUUCCCGCCGACGGCCGUGUCCUCGAGGGCAUGUCCAACCUGGAGUGUGACGAAGCGUUCCUCACUGGCGAGUCGCUCCCCGUCGCCAAGCAGGCCGAGCCCAUUGCCGAGGAGAACUGCCCCGUCGGAGACCGUGUCAGCAUGGUCUUCUCCGGCUCGCAGGUCACCAAGGGCCGCGCCUUCUGCGUCGUCACUGCCACUGGAAUGGAGACUGAGAUCGGAAGCAUCGCGAAGGCGCUCGCGACCAAGGCGCAGCGCAAGGAGCGCGGUUGGGCCAAGGUCUGGCACAAGUUCAAGGUCUUCCUUGGUGUUGCCGACACGACCCCUCUGCAGAAGAAGCUCAACGAGCUCUGCUACAUCCUCCUCGUUGCCGCCUGUAUCAUUGCCGUCGUCGUCGUCGCCUCCACCGGAUUCAAGAAGGAGCUCCUCAAGAUGACGAUCGCGACCUACGCCGUCGCCGCCGCUGUCUCGAUCCUUCCCGCCUCCCUCAUCGCCGUCGUCUCGCUUACCCUCGCCCGUGCCUCGUCUGACCUCGCCAAGCGCAACGCCCUCGUCCGUCGUAUGGACGCGAUUGAGGCGCUCGCCGGUGUCUCGAACGUCUGCUCUGACAAGACUGGCACGCUUACCGUCGGUCGCAUGGUCGUCCGCAAGAUGUGGGUUCCCGCCCUCGACCCCCGCGAGAACGAGGCCGCCCCCGUCGACACUGCCCGUGGCCAGACCUACUCGUUUGAGACUGGUUCCGACCCCUUCUACCCCCGUGGCGAGGUCACUGCCGACACCAAGGCUCUUGUUCCCUCUGGCAUGGUCUCCCUGAACCCCUCGGACGAGGACCGCUCCGGCUCUGGCGACGACGACACCAACGCCAUUUCUCGCUCCGCCAUGGAGACCGGUCUCCGCAACAUGGGUCUCUGCGUCGCUCUCUGCAACCAGGCUACUCUCAUGCGCCCCUCGGGCGACGAGGGCUGGGAGGCGAGUGGUGACCCGACCGAGGUCGCACUCCAGGUUUCGGCUCACAAGCUCGGCAUGGGCAAGCCCCUGCUCACCGGUACUCACGCUCUGCACAAGGUCAUGUCCAACCAGUCUCACCACUCGAACCACAUGCGCGAGUCGUUCGGCAUCUACGAGCAGCUCGUCGAGCACCCCUUCGACUCUACGGUUAAGCGCAUGUCGAUCGCGUACAAGCACACUCCCCACUCUGGUGCCGAGAAGCCCCGCAUCCUCUGCCUCAUGAAGGGCGCUACCGAGCGCAUCAUCGACAAGUGCACCCGUGUCGGCAACCGCGAGAUGACCGAUGAGGACCGCGACAACAUCAUGAAGAAGGUCGACGCCCUGGCUUCCUACGGCCUCCGUGUCCUCGCCCUCGCUGGCAAGGAGGAGCCUGCCGACGCCGCCAACCGCCUUGCCAACCUCUCGCGCGAGGAGUUUGAGCAGGACUUCACCUUCCUCGGUCUCGCCGGUAUCUACGACCCGCCCCGCAAGGAGUCUGCCGGCGCCGUCGCCGACUGCCACCGCGCUGGUAUCUCCGUCCGCAUGCUCACUGGUGACCACCCCUCGACCGCUACCGCCAUUGCUCUCCAGAUCGGCAUCAUUGACAAGUCGUACUCUAAGGAGUCGGUCAUGACCGGCAUGCAGUUCGACGCCCUGUCCGAGGAGGAGGUCGACGCGCUCCCCGAGCUUCCCCUCGUUGUCGCCCGCUGCGCCCCCGAGACCAAGGUCCGCAUGGUCGACGCCAUCCACCGCCGCAACCAGACGACCGUCAUGACCGGUGACGGUGUCAACGACUCGCCCGCGCUCAAGCGUGCUGACAUUGGUGUCGCGAUGGGCACUGGCUCCGACGUCGCCAAGCAGGCCGCUCGUAUCGUUCUGACCGACGACAACUUCGCUUCGUGUAUCCGUGCCAUCCGCAAGGGCCGCUCCGUGUUCAAGAACCUUGCAAAGUUCCUUCUGUAUCUGCUCUCGGGCAACAUUGCGGAGAUUAUCGUUCUCCUCAUCGGCCUGGCAUUCAAGGAUGACGACGGCAUCUCGGUCUUCCCCCUCUCCCCUGUCGCGGCGCUCUGGAUCAACACCCUCGCUGCCGGUCCCCCCGCUCUCGCGCUCGGCCUCGAGCCCACCGCCAAGGACGCGAUGGACCAGCCGCCCACCAACUUCCACCGCAUCUUCACGCUCGAGUACUACAUCGACUUGUUCGUCUACGGCUUUGUCAUGGGCGCUCUCGCGCUCGUCAACUUUGUCAUCGUCAUGUGGGGCUACUUCCCCGGCGACCUCGGCCACGACUGUAACGAGGGCGACUCGGCGAUCUGCGACCCCGUCUUCCAGGCUCGCGGUACUUGCUUCGCCACUCUCGUCAUUAUCCUCAUGAUCCACGCUCUCGAGUGCAAGCACGUCAUGCAGUCCGUCUUCCGCAUGAACCUGCUCGACAACAAGGUGCUCCUGUGGUGCGUCGUCGUGCUCUCCCUCACGACGUUCCCCGUCAUCUACAUCCCCGUCAUCAACAACAAGGUCUUCCUCGUCGGCCCCCUCAAGUGGGAGUGGGGCAUCGUCUUCGGCAUGAUCCUCGUCUACCUCUUCUUCGUCGAGACGUACAAGUUCUUCAAGCGCCGCAUCAUGGGCUGGAACAAGAAGCAGGCCCAGAUCGAGUCCGGCGACAAGACCCUCCGCAUGGAGAAGACCAUCCCCGUCGACGUCUGA